CAUAACCCAGUUGAUGAGGAGAAACAUGGCAUACUCUGCAAAGCCUUCUCACCUUCUUCUCUUUGUUUUCUUUCUCUCAUCACUUGAAUCCAUUCUUGCAACAACACGAGAGGGAGAAGCUCUUGUGAAAUGGAAGAAUAGCCUAGCCCCUUCUUCUUUUCUCGAUUCUUGGUCCCUCACCAAUCUCGAAAAUCUUUGUAACUGGACUGGCAUUACUUGUAACUCUGCAGGUUCAGUCUCUGAGAUUAACCUCUGUGAGAAACAACUUGAUGGAAUGCUGUCCGACUUCGGUUUCACUUCAUUUCCAAAUCUCAAGAAUCUCACCCUCGCAUACAACUUCUUCUCGGGUCCAAUACCACCAGCCAUUCAGAACUUAACAAGGCUUCAAUGCCUUGAUUUAAGCUUUAAUUAUCUCAAUGGUCCUAUUCCGUUCCAGGUGAGCCAUCUUCAGAGCUUGCUCAUCUUGAACCUGUCACAGAAUGCAUUGCAAACUCCAAAUUGGUCCCAUUUCUCUCCCAUGCCUUUCUUGCGCAUCCUCAACCUCAGUUACAAUCCUCUUGCGUCGAAAUUCCCAGAUUUUAUAUCCAGUUCUCAUAGCCUGACUCACCUUAGCCUUAAUUAUAACGAGUUUACUGGUGAUUUAGUACGUGAAUCAGUAUUUGCCGAUCUGCAUAAUCUUGAAAAGCUCAGUCUUGUUGGCAAUUCUUUCGAGGGGCCAUUUCCGCCGGAUAUAUUCAGGCUUUCCAAAUUAAAACAUCUUAGCAUGUCAGAUAACAAACUUUCAGGUUCAAUUCCCAAUGACAUAAGGUUGCUUUGUGAUCUUGAAUACCUAUAUUUAGCCAACAAUUCCUUUGAAGGACCGCUUCCACCAAAUAUAUUCAAGUUUUCAAAAUUAAAACAUCUUGUUCUUUGGGGUAAUAAGUUUUCUGGUUCUGUUUCCAAUGAUAUAGGUUUGCUUUCUGAGCUUGAAACUCUCGAUCUUAGCUCUAAUUUUUUUGAGGGGCCGCUUCCGCCAAAUGUAUUCAAGCUCUCCAAACUAAAAGUUCUCACCCUGUCAAUUAACAAAUUUUUAGGUUCAAUUCCCAAUGACAUAAGGUUACUUUGUGAUCUUGAAUACCUAUAUUUAGGCAACAAUUCCUUUGAAGGACCGCUUCCACCAGGUAUAUUCAAGCUUUCAAAAUUAAAACAUCUUUUUCUUUGGGGUAAUAAGUUUUCAGGUUCUGUUUUCAAUGAUAUAUGUUUGCUUUCUGAGCUUGAAACCCUCGAUCUUAACUCUAAUUUUUUUGAGGGGCCGCUUCCGCCAAAUGUAUUCAAGCUCUCCAAACUAAGGUUUCUUUACCUCUGGGGUAAUAACUUUUCAGGUUCUGUUUCCAAUGAUAUAGGUUUGCUUUCUGAGCUUGAAACCCUCGAUCUUAGCUCUAAUUUUUUUGAGGGGCCGCUUCCGCCAAAUGUAUUCAAGCUCUCCAAACUAAAGAUUCUUUCCCUUUAUGUGAACAACUUUUCAGGUUUUAUUUCUAAGGAUAUAGGUUGGCUUUUUGAACUUGAAACCCUCUAUCUUGGCUCUAAUUUUUUUGAGGGGCCGCUUCCCCCACAUGUAUUUAGGCUCUCCAAAUUAAGAGAUUUGGACCUCUCAGACAAUAGAAAUUUAUUUGAAGGAAGUAUUCCUAUUGGACUGGGACUCUUGACUAACCUCAGGUACUUAGAUCUACAUUUCAGUAAUCUCAGUGGCUAUAUUCCAUCUGACAUUGGAAACCUGAAGCUACUAGUACUUCUUGAUCUCAGUUCUAAUAAAUUGACUGGACCGCUUUCAAAGAUCAUUUCUAAUCUCACAAAUCUUAUAUUUCUUGAUGUAAGUGAUAAUAGUCUUAGUGGAAAUAUUCAGAGUGACUUGUGGAAAUAUAACGAUCAUCCAACUUUGGAAUACAUCGAUUUAAGUGGGAACCAUUUUACGGGUGAGCUUCCAACAACAAUUUGCAAUGUCACUUCCCUUUUGGUUCUUGAUUUGUCAAAUAAUGAAUUAAGUGGUGCACUUCCAAACUGUUUCGGGAAUCUUGCUGAUAGAUUGCUUUUCAUUAAUCUUGCUAAUAAUCAGUUUCGAGGAACAAUACCAACUACUUUCUCCAGGAGUUGUCAGCUGACAUAUCUAAACAUGGAUAAUAAUGAGUUUGAAGGAUUGUUGCGCCCAUCUUUGGCGAACUGUAAGCACUUGAAAAUUCUUGAUAUUGGCAAUAAUAAAAUAGGUGGUACAUUUCCGUCAUGGCUUUAUGCACUUGGAGAGCUAGAAGUCCUUGUCUUGCGAUCAAAUAAACUCUAUGGUACAAUAAGUGGGAGGAGCAUAGAAAAUCCCUUCCCCAAGUUGCGGAUUGUGGAUCUGUCCAACAAUCAAUUCACUGGCCAUUUGCCAAUUCAAUACUUUAAGAAUAUGAAAUCAACUGAUAAUUUGUAUAGUUAUCAGAAUGACACAGGAGUUUUUUCUUUCCAUUAUGAAGCAUCUGUAUCAUUAACUGUGAAGGGAACAGAGUAUGAAGUGAAAAAUAUCCUUCAUAUUUACACAACCAUUGAUCUGUCCUGCAACAAGUUUCAAGGAGAAAUUCCUGACGUUAUUGGAGAGCUUAGAUGGCUUGCAUUGCUGAACUUAUCUCAUAAUAGUCUAACAGGACAUAUUCCAUCAUUGCUGAGAAAUAUGAAAGGACUCCAAUCUUUAGAUUUGUCUUCAAAUCAACUGACAGGGGCUAUUCCACCUCAGUUAACUGCAUUGACAUUUCUAGAGGUCUUGAACCUCUCGGGAAACCAUCUUAGUGGAGAGAUUCCUCAGAAAGGACAGUUCAGCACCUUCAACAAUGAUUCUUAUCUAGGAAACUCCGCGUUAUGUGGAUCACCUUUGACAAAGAAAUGUGUAAACACAGCAUCACCUCCACAGGAAGUCGGAAAUGGUGAUGAAGAUGAUGCUGGCGAUGAAUGGACAUGGGAAGCAAUCGUGAUGGGAUAUGGAUGUGGACUGAUAUGUGGAUUGUCGUCUGCGUACAUUGUUCUCAGACUAGGAAGGCCUUGGUGGUUUGUGAGAUAUAUCGAAGUACUGCAACUGAAGUUGAUGAAAAGAUAUGCAUGAAGAAAGGUACUGGUAGAUCAAGAUGAACUUGAAAGUUGUUGUCGUGGUAGACAUUUGUGAACCAGUACUGUACUAGCUGCUUAAGUAUUUGGUAUUAUGUAAUAAUCCGUUUGGUCGGGACUCAUAAUGAUAUUUCUUGCUUCAGGGGUAUUAAUAUAAACCUUGGUAUUGUGUACUAG